AUGCUACUGAAAUCGUUAUUCAAACAGGCUAGGCUGGUUAAUGUCAACCCGGUACUCGGUAGAAUUGGAAGCAAUGGCGGGGUUAAUCUUGAAUCAACAAGAUACAUUUCCCGUAAACUGUUUGCCACUUCAUCAUCUAUCGAUAAUGAUGCUGAUUAUGAAAUUGAUUUGAUUUCUUUAAGAAAGACCAAAAAAAAUGAUCUCUCUACUAAACCAAUUGCUAAGUCAACGGUAUUGAAGUCAAUUAACGAAAUUAAAUCAGAUCCUUUGGAUUUUAAAGCUUAUCGCAGAUCAGAUGAACAAGGGUAUUUGGAAUUUGUUCAAAAUUAUAAGAUUGAAUUAACCGAAUUCUUGAAUUUCAUUCGUAAAUCUUAUAAUAAUAAAAUAAAGGAUUUUAAACAAUUGACACCUGUGGAAUUAUCGAACAGUGCCUUGAUUUUCAAAAACUUGUUCUUAAAGGGUAAGUUAAAUCCAACCAUUAAUAAGUAUAAUUCUUCUAGUUAUCAAAAAAUGAUUACAAGAUUGCUAAAGUAUACUACUCAUGAUGAUAAAUUCCAUAUUAACUUAUCGGAUUCUUUAUUACCUUUUGUUAAUAGUGACGUGGAUUUAACCUUGAUAUAUUCAAAAGGUAUUUUGAAUUAUUUACCGGAAUUGAAAGAUUUAUUUGGUUAUAAAAAGCUUACUGGAAUUGAUCAAGUCAUUCUGGAGGUUAAUAAUCAAAUUAACAUCCUAAAUGAAUCUUUAAUGAAGUCAAAGGAGUUGGAGAAUUAUGAUUUGGUUUUUUUCAAAAACUUUAUUAACCUUCAAAGAUACUCAAACUUGAAUGAAAUCCUAAGUUCGUGUGAUUUGUCCACUUCUGACUUGGAAUUCAUCUUGAAUGAUUCAGAUAAUUUGAUUAUCAAUAACCGAAUCAAAUACAAUUCCGGAGAAGAUUCCAAAAUUUAUUCAACUUUAUUAGAGUUAAAUGGCCAUAUUAAUUUCUUCAUCUUAAGUUCUGCUAAAAAAUUUGAAAAUUUCCCGCAAUUCUUGGAAGAAUUGUACAACGCUUCUUCAAAUUCAAAUGAUUUAAUCUCCAAGGAAAUUUAUUCAACUAUUGUCGAAAAAUUAUUACCUUUACUUUGUAAUUCCACAAUCAAUAUCAGCGAUAUUGAAAUUUUGAAACCAGUCGUUAAUGAAGAAUAUUCCAAAGAUACCUUGAUUAUUUCCGACAAUAAUCGUGUAAAUUUUGAAUUAAAAACUAGUGAAUUGGUGGGAUUGCAUGAUUGUAUCGGUUUAUUAAACCAUUUUAAAAAUUAUAUCGGUGGUAGCUUAAACAUUUCUCCAAUUAAAAUAGAAUCUCACUUGGUUAGUUAUAUCAAUGAAUAUACCGAUCCAAAAGUUUGUUCUCCUAUUGUGUUAUCGAAAUUAGAAGACUUUCAAUUAUCUUUAAGAGAAUAUCUUCUGAUUAUUAAUUGGAAACUGAAUACUUUGGAUUCUCUCUUAUCGAAUCAAGCCUGGCAAGCAGCGCUUGAUUGGUAUUCCGGUAGACAUUAUCAAAUAGAUGAUGAUAUGAUGGCCGUUUAUGACUAUACGGAUUAUAUCAAAAAUUUUGAACCUAAAGAUGUGAAAUAUGAUGAAUUGUUGGUAAACUUACAACAGGAAAUAAAAUUAUUAAAAUCAAACCAAUUGAAUAAUUUGCCGUUUGAAUGCUUCAAAGUUGAUGAAAUUAAAUCGAUUUUAUCAAAUCUAUUACCAUCCUCAACUCGUUUAAAUCAAUUGAAGAAUUCAUUACCUGCUUCUGGUUCAAAUGCUAAAUUCUUGGAUCAAGUCUUAUUAUCUCCUCCUCCAGCCCCUCCCUCUCAAUCGUAUACUCAGGUUCCUGAUGAUCUUGAAUUGGAUAAAUUCAUUAAUGAAUUAACCAUUUUAAAGAAAGACGUAUUGAAGAAGCCUUAUAAAUCAUUUACUUCUUCUGCUUUGAACAAAUUUAUUGAUGAGAAAAUUGAUGAAGUUUUCAACUCAAAAUUUCAUGGCCCAAAGAUUUUCAAACCAGUUAACUCUACUGAGUUUGGUAUUCAUCGUGGUAAUGUUUAUCAAUUCGUCAGAUUAAGUAAAAGAUUAACAAGAUUAUUUGAAGUGAAUGGUGGGAAUACUGAAGUCUUGGAUUUUUUGAUCCAUAGUCAAUCUGUAUUCAAUGAUAUGGAAGCUAAAAUUAGGGAGAAAAAAUUGGCUAAAUUGGCAACUAAGGCAACUACCAAGGAAAACGACAAGCCUUAUGUUCAAAUUCCUGAUGAUUUGGAAUUACAUAAAUUCACGAAAGAAUUGGAAAUUUUCAAAAAUGAUGAAUUAAGAUCUUCUUUCAAGAACUUCAGUCCUGACAAGAUCAAUUCUUUAUUAGAUAAAAGAAUCAAUGAAAUUUACAAUGAUUUACCAAACACCAAUCCUGCUUCAAGGUUAUCAAAGGAAAAUGUUUUUGAAUUCAUGAGAUUAAGUAAAAGAAUAACAAGGUUAUUCGAUAUGAAUGGUGGUAAUACUCAAGUUUUGGAUAGUGUAAUUCAAAGUCAAUCAGUUCUUGAUAGUGUUGAAGCAAAAAUUGCCCAGAAGAAGAAGGAAAAAGAAUUGAAAGCUUCUAAAAGAGACACAUAUGAAACUAAGCCUUAUACUCAAAUUCCUGAUGAUUUGGAAUUACACAAUUUCAUUAAUGAAUUGGAAAUUUUGAAAAAUGAUGAACUAAAAGCAUCGUUUGGUAAUUUCUCAGCAGAAAAAAUAAAUUCAUUGCUAGAUAAAAGGAUCAAUGAGAUUUAUAAUGACUUGCCAAAUACUAACCCAGUAUCCAGAUUGUCUAAAGAAAAUAUUUAUGGAUUCAUGAGAUUAAGCAAAAGAUUAACUAGGCUAUUCAACAUCAAUAAUGGGAAUACAGCCAUAUUAGAUACCUUACUCAAAAACCAAUCGAUUUUGAAUAACGUUGAAAGAAAAAUAGCUGAGAAAAACGUCUCAGAGAAGCCUACUGUUAAGCCAUAUGUCCAAAUUCCUGAUGAUUUGGAAUUACAUAAAUUCACGAAAGAAUUGGAAAUUUUCAAAAAUGAUGAAUUAAAAUCUUCUUUCAAGAACUUCAGUCCUGACAAGAUCAAUGCCUUAUUAGAUAAAAGAAUCAAUGAAAUUUACAAUGACUUACCAAAUACCAAUCUCGCAUCUAGGUUAUCAAAGGACAAUGUUUACGACUUUAUGAGAUUAAGUAAACGAUUGACAAGACUUUUUGAUGUAAAUGGGGGUCAUACAGGAGUUUUAGAUACAUUACUUCAAAGUCAAUCAGUUUUUGAUAAUGUUGAUUCAAUGAUUAAGAAAAGAAGAUUGUCAUCUACAAAUAUUUCUGCUGUACCAGCCAGUCCAUUACCUUAUAAGCAAGUUCCUGAUGACUUCAUGCUAGAGGAAUACAUGGUUGACUUAUUACAACUAAGAAGUGAAUUGGGCGAUGAUUUCAAAAAAUUUGAAACUGACAAAAUUAUGCAGCAAUUAAGAAAUAUGAUUGAUAACGUGAAGAAAUAUAACUUGGACAAACGAAUUACUUUUUCUAAAUUGUACCGUAAUUUGUCAUUAUUAUUUAAACAUAAUGGCCAGCAAUCUUUCAUUCUUGAUAAUGUUUUGAUCAAUGCUCAGACUUACUCAGACUUUGAAAGCAGUUUAGCCAACAGACGCUUGAAUAACACCAUUGAAACACAACCUGAAGAAUUAUCGAAACCAAAAGAGUCAAAAGAUCGUCUUCAAAUCCCAACGGAUGAAGAGUACACUAAUAAAUUUAAUAUGGAAGAAUUUAUUAAUAACCCUCCAAACAAGAAGACUCAAUAUAAUGAUUCUGAGUAUCUUAUUUCCUUAUUGGCUAAGAACGGUGAGCCAUCAGAAUUGGAUAAUGAAGACUUGUUAAAAUCUGAGUUGGCUUUCAAAGACGCCGUUUCGAAUGCUUUAAAUAAUAAAGCUAGUAAAUCUGAAGAAAACCCUGAAGAGUUUGAUGAAUUAGUAAAUUUAACUGCAGAAAAAGUUCGUGAAAACUAUAAAAACAAAUCAAAGCCUGAGAAAGAAGUUGGUGAAAAGAAGGCAAAUGUUGACAAGGAAACUUUACAAGAUUUUUUACAGAAUGCCAAAAAGGAAAAUGAAUUAGCUAAGGAAAGAAGAUUUCGUGAGUCCAAAGCUUACGAAUGGAGUAAAAGCUUGUGUAAUUCAAAUCGUACAUUAGAAAGUCACAAUUUUUUCAAUCCCUUAUUAUCAAUUAGCAAAUCGAAGGAUUCUGAAGAUUUAUUAUUUCCCGAUGCCAACAAGAUCAAUCGAAACGGCGAGCGUAAAUAUCUCAUUUUAACUCCCAAUGGAAGUAAAGUUGUUAUGAACGAAAAUCCUUUUGGUCCUUAUCAUGCCGACGAGGAUAUAUUUUCAGUGUUGAAUAAAUUUUCUGAAGAUGAUUUCAAAAGAUUAUGCAAAGUUAUUAAAAGAUACCAAAGCAAAAACUGGAAGUUAAUUGGCGGUGGUGGUAAAGAAAAGAUUUUAGUUUUCACCAGAGUUAAAUUCGAUAAGAAGAAAUUUGUUUUAACUAAACUUAAAACUGCUUUCGCCACAGCUGGUGUUGUUUUCAUUACGUUAUUUGGUCUUAAUUACUGGUCAGGGAACUUGGAUCAUGUGCAACGCAAUGAAAGAAUAACUCCACCCCCACCAAAUCCAGCAGAGGAGACAAAGGUUCCUCAAUCAGCUAGCUCAAUGGCCAAUAAGACCAACGAAGCAAAUGGUGCUUCUGAAAAGCCUUUAUGGUCCGGAUUAUUCUGGAAGUAA